CAAGAAAACAGAGAGUUUAAUCACCCAAAACCCUAAAAUGGAUACAAAACUUAUAGUUCUAUGCUUCUUGCUAACGUACUCCUUGUCCAUGGCGGCAGCUUCAUCGGAAGCUGAGCCUCCAACAACAAGGAAACUCGGAAGGCACGAUUGGCCAGGAGCGGAGGCAGAAGCACCAGAAGUUUCACAUUUGGAAGAGACUGUACGGCGAGGCCAUCACCAUUCCACGGUGGAAAGAUCGGUCGCCGGCGGUGGAGUUAUUCUCGGAGGCUUAGCGACUACGUUUCUUGUGGUGGUGUUUUGCUAUAUAAGGGCUACGAGGAAACACAAACCCAAUUAUGAUGAAAAGGAGACUGAGACGCCUAAGGUGUUAGUUUAAUUUUGACUUUUCGUAAAUCUUUGUAAAUUUUUUCGUUGUUUUUUUUUCUUGUGAUGUAAAAUGAUUUUGUUUUAUUUUUUUUUUGUCUUCUUCGUAGUUAGUUAUAUAAAUUGAGCUUCAUUCUC